CAUUAUUCGUUUCAAUUUUUAAGUAAAACCGUCUACAACAAACUUAUUUAUUUCGAAAAAACAAAAAAAAAGACAUGAAUUCGUUUGACAAUUAUGAUAGGACAAAUCUUUCGGAGGUUUGUUCAUCGGUGAUCAACUUGAAUGAUGAAAAUGAAAAUAACGAUCAUUUUUUGUGGAACAUGGAUACACCUGUUGUUAAUAAAAAAGAUGUUACACACACAAUGUAUAAUUCGUACGAACCUAAAAGGAAAAAAUGUUCACUCGGUGAAAUUGAGUACAUCGAUGGUACUGAUUGGUGUAGAAAACCAAUGAAAACUUGGUGCAAACAGGAAACGAUAAGUUGGUUAAUGUCAGCCGCAUCUUCCAUAGGAUUACCAUACAGAUCUAUACAACAAAGUCUUGCGGUUUCCGGGGAAGAACUUGCAGCCAUGACACGCAAUGAUUUCUUAUUUCACGAUCCAAUUUAUGGUGAUAAAUUGUAUUGCCAUUUACAUUCUCAACGAGUUUCUAAUUCACUUCCACCAUUUGAGGCUAUACACUCACAUUCCGAGGACGAUAUGGCACAAAUGUCGUCCAGUGGUAUAUCCGAUGCGGAAUCAGAUAAUUGUAUGAAAAUCACAACUAAACGGCCACCGGGUAGACCGAAAUUAUUAAAAACGAAGAAAAAUGGCCGUGCUAUGAGAUACUAUUAUAAAAGUAAAAUAUUUCAACCAGUGCUUGGUAGAAGAUUGGUUUAUCAGUUUGGUCCUAACGCGAAAGGUUGGCAGACUGACAAUCCUAAUUUCCGAUAUUGAUAUUAUUAUUAUUAUUAUUAAUAAUAAUAUUAUUAUUAUUAUUAUACAUAAAUACAAAAUUAAUUUUAAUUUAUUAAUAGUUAUGUUUAAGAACGAAUGUGUAUUAAGUGAUUUUAUGCUGAAUUAUUGUAAUUUAGACAACAACAACAACAAAAACAAAAUGAAAUUUCAUAUUUUUACAGAGAGAUUGUAAAUAUCAUCGAUUAUUAUUAAUAUUUAAUAUACUUAUAUAAGGCAAAAGUCAACCCUUUUGUCCUAUAAUAAGUCAGACACGUGAAAUUUUAACUAAAAACAAUAAAAACCUGUGUUUGACUACACUUAUUUCAAUUGUUCU